AGCCGGGGAAGGGAGAAGAGAUGGGCCUGGAGAGAGGCCUCUGCAUGGGGUGGCAGCGAAGGAGGGCUGGGAACAAGAGUGGGCUGGGACUGGUAGAACUGGGCAGGGCAACUGGGAGGACUGGGAAUGGCAGGGGGGACUGGGAGGACUGGGGCUCCGGGGCCUGGGGGGGACUGGUGUCCGGGGACCAGAGGCUGACGGCACUGGGAGCGAGGGGCUUUUUGCGAGCGGGCGCAGCUGGUUCCCGUGUCUCGCUUUACCUCCGCCUCAACCCCCUGUGCGGCCGGGGGAGUCGCCUCCCCUUCAAACCCCCUUCGUUAUUCACCGACUGCCCUGGGGUCAGACGGUGCUGCGCUCGCUCCGGGUGCCGGCACGGUGGUGCCGAGCCUGCUCCGGGAAGGGGCCUGGGACUGGGCUGCAUGUCCGGGCUGACUCCUGCGUCCUUUCCCUGGAUGCCGAAAACGGGAAACAUGACGCCGGAACGGGGUUCUUGGAGCAACCUGACGCCUCUGCAGAAAGUCGCUCUGGUCCUCGGCAUCCCGGCCGGUGCCACCGUCCUUUACAUCCUCUACCGCCGGUACCGGGAGAGCCGAGAAGAGCGGCCGACCUUCUCGGGUGAACAGGACCUGGAAAUCGAGAUGCGAGUGCCCCGGGCGGCCGUGAAAUCCAUCAUCGGACGGAAGGGAGCCACCAUCAAACAGCUGAGGAGGGAGACGGGGGCCCACAUCGACGUGGAGGCCGAGGACGGCGGCGAGGAGCAGCUGCUGGUGAUCUCGGGCUCCCCUGGGCAAGUGUGCAAGGCGAAAGCCGCCAUCCACCAGCUCGUGGUGGACAACGCGCCGGUGGUGGAGCAGUUCCACGUGCCCCAGAGAGCCGUCGGCAGGAUCAUCGGCCGGGGCGGCGAGACGGUGCGGGCCAUCUGCCGCAGCUCGGGGGCCAAGGUGGUCUGCGAGCGCGAGGCCGACGCCAGCCUGGCCCUGACCCGCCUCAUCCAGCUCUCGGGGACCCGCAAGGAGGUGGCCGCCGCCAAGAAACUCAUCGCGGAGAAGCUGAUGGAAGACGACGCGUUCCGGAGGGAGCUGGCGCAGUCGACGGCGAUGCGGUGCCAGCGCAAGCAGCCCUUGGGCACGAGGAGGGAGCAGGCAGUGGAGCCCGAGGCAGCGUCGCUCCCCAACGGGGCGCUCGCCCGCCCGCCGGCUGCUCCCGAGCACGGAGAAGGGGACGGAGGCUCAUUUUGGGCUGGAGGCUCGCUCCUGGACGAGGCUGCUUUUGAGGAGGCCCGGGAGCUGAGAGCUGAGAGCGAGUCCCCGGGAGAAGCGGCUGCGAGGCCUGAUACACCUGUGCCAAAAUUUGAGGUCCCCAGCCCCGAUUUCAGCUUCCACGCAGACGAGCACCUGGAGGUUUACGUCUCGGCCGCGGAAAACCCCAACCACUUCUGGAUACAGAUCAUCGGCAACCGCAGCCUGCAGCUGGACAAGCUGACCUGCGAGAUGUCGCAGUACUACGAGAGCAGCGGCCGUGCGGCAGAGCUCUCCACCGUGCAAGCAGGGGACAUCGUGGCUGCUCCCUACACCGACAGCAGCGCCUGGUACCGGGCCCGUGUCCUGGGCACUCUGGAGAAUGGCAACUUCGAUCUUUACUACGUGGAUUUUGGGGAUAACGGGGAGGCCCCCCAAGAGGCGCUGCGAGCCCUGCGGACCGACUUCCUGAGCCUGCCUUUCCAGGCCAUCGAGUGCAGCCUGGCUGGGAUCGUGCCUGCUGGGGAGCAGUGGGAAGAGGCGGCCCUGGACGAGUUUGACCGGCUCACGUACUGCGCCAACUGGAAACCGCUGGUGGCGAAAAUUUCCAGCUACAUCCAGGCCGGGCUCUGCACCUGGCCGCACGUCACCCUCUACGACGUCCAGCACGGGAAGAACCUCGACGUCGGGGCGGAGCUGGUGCGGCUGGGCUACGCGGCCUGGCGUCCGCAGGAGGACGAGGAAGGGGCGGUGGGGGACAGACCCCCGCGGCUGGCCAAGGAGGCCGCGGUGGAGACGCUGGAGAACGUCACAGGUGACUCCCUCGAGAGCCUCUUGUCGGAGUCCCGGAAAAGUCCCAGCGAGACCCCCCUGACCCUGUCCUGUGUCAGCCUUUCAGAUGAGUCCCCUGAGCAGCUCCGGAGCGACGCGGAGUCCGCCGAGCCGCCCUCCCAGCCGACCCUCGCCCUGCGGUCCGUGACCUCGGCUCCCUCCCGUCCUCCAAGGGAUGGUGGGAUCCAGCCUGGCAAGCCGGCGGGCGCUCAGCCGGAGGCCGGGACCCCCGCGGCAGCCUCCAGCCCCGUGGAAGGUGGGCAGCGCCUGGCCCUCGCGGCAGCGUCGUCCCCCGUCGCGUUCUUGAGCGAAGCCUCGGUGCUUUCCGAUGACGGCUGCCUGCCUGCCUUGACCUGGGGGGACAGCAGCGCCGGGGCCACCCAGGGCUGCCGCUACCACCUCUCGCUCUCGGAUGGAGGCUCCAGUUCCGUUUUCUACACUGACGCAGGCUCGGACUCCUCCGUCUUCUACAGCAGCCCCCGGCCUGGUGCCUGCCCCCUCCCCAGCCCCAUCCUCAUCAGCUCUGGCAGCGAGGAGGAGGGCAGAGCCCUGAACGCCAGGCUGCAAGAAGGUGCCUCCGUGUCUGGCAGCGGUGACGACAUCGUGGUGGCGGAGAACAGCUCCCCGUGACGCCCUCGCGAGCGGGAGGAGGCCGGGCUGGGUUCAGAAGGCCGGAACAGCGAUGGAAAUGGGACAAUUCUGGCAGAAGAGGAUGGAAAUGGGGGUGUGGGGGAACAACACGCUGGCAUGUGCGACUCUCCGGUGACGCCGCUCCGGUCGCUCAUGCCCUGCACUGUUCCCUCGCACCGUGCACCCCUGGCUCCCUCGGGGCUAUCCUGCACCUCCGGAAGGCAGGAUGGAUCCCUCCUCGCUGCUCUUCGCUCCUGCCCAGCCAACCUCGCACGGACGCUGCCGCUCGCCUGCCUUUCAGCUCCGCUCCCGGAAUGAGGUCCUUUCACCAAAGAAACAGCCUUUCUGCCCUGCCUUGAGAGCCCCGGCCUGCGAGGCGCCAGGCUUUCGGGGACCUAAUCCUGACCCCCGGCUCGAUCGCCGCCCCCGCGAUGAGCAAGCUCUCCCCUGCUUCGCCCCAAUCCCCCGGAGGAUGAGGGGGAGCGGGGCACGGUGCCUCUGCCCUCGAUGCUACUCUGCAAAACGGGCAAAGCCGCUUCGGUCUCUUCCCAGCCGGAUGGAUUUUGGAAACCGAACUGGCUGCAGCUCUGUAAAAUCCAAGAGAUCCUUGUGUAAUAGAAAUUCCUGAAGGCAGGUAGUUCUUUUCAGCUUUGAUUUAGAGUUUGGCUUUAGAACAGUUUCCCAAGCAUCAUUUGCAUCUUAACUGCUAUGUUGGCCUGUCUUUCCGCCACCCCAAAGGGGACAGUGCAAUCCCACCCAUUUCUGAAAAAUCCCUUGCUGGAGAAAAAUGCAAUCUCUAUCUCUGCACUAGAGAUAAAUUUGGGCUCCUUUUUGCCUGUUCCUUGCAGGGAAUAAUGUGAGUAAAAGGAAAGCGUGUACCGAGGGCGGAGGGAUUUGCAGUGUCUCGAGCUGAGGUGGAUUUGAAGGACUUGAAAGCACCGCAGUUGAGCUGCGUUUCUUCUGUUUUGUGUUUGGUUUAUGAGUUUGCGGUCACCGGUGUGACUUCGCUUCAGGCUGUUGACUCUGUUCAGUUGUGGCUUUACUGUUUUCGCCCCAGCCUGGUUUUAUGGUGAGGGGGAAGAACCUCUUUUUGUUUCCUGAUUGAAUAAAGUUGAGAGUUUUAGAGCUAA